AUAGCAAUUUAUGUCAAUUUUCAAUAAUUUAUAAAAUAUUUAAACAACUAGAAACAAUAACAAUAAAAAUAUCAAGAAUCCGAAAUCUCAAGUCCAAGACCUAAUCAUGAAUUACAUUAUUGGCUUAAAGAUUUGUAUACUAAUAUUUCUGAUCAAAACAUCAGAGGUUUUCGGAAUAUAUAAAUGUUAUGAAUGUCGAAGCUCACCCACGGAUGACAGUUGCAAAACCAUAAUUUAUAAACAAAAGAAAUAUUUAAGACAGUGUGGUCCAAACACAUUUGCGUGUUUUACACUUGAAGUACAAUCACGUGAUAUUCUUGGAAACUAUAUAGUUCGUAAAGGAUGCUUUCAUGGACAAAACAUACUUACUGAUGGGCGUGAAAUCGAACCACUUGGACACUAUCAUUAUUGUGCUUACGAUUCCUGCAACUAUGCACAUGAACUAUUUGAUUUUGGAAAUUCUGCCAGGAGAUCUGAUCGAAAAUGUUUUAUGCAUUUUAUUAUUAUUAUUAUUUUAUUAUGUUUUGUUUUGUUGUAUUUGAUUUGAAAUGUUGAUAA